CUCUCGGGUCCCGACUCCCGAGCCCCGCGAAUCAAAUCCUCGUCCUCCUCCUCGGACGGAACCGCAGGCCAUGGAGAGGCUUAUCUCUUCCUCGCCGCUCCUCCGCCGCGCGCCCGUCGCCGCCUCCUCCAAACCCCGCGCGCCGCCAUCCUUCCUCGCCACCCCGCCCUGCCGCUGCGGCGGGCUAGGUCUCAGGCCGCCCCUCGCGUCUCUCCUCUCCAGGCACCGGCCCCCGUCUCCGGUCCCCGCGGCCUCCGGCGGCCCCGUCCUCACGCCCGCGGCAGCUUCCGCAGCGGAAGGCGAGGGUGAUGUCACGUCCGCCACGAGGCGCCGCUUCUUCCAGAAGGUCACUUGUGCUGCAGCUGUCACUCUGCUAUCAGCAACCAUUCUGACGCUAAUCCAGCCAGCAGCCUUGGUGCCUCCGGCCUUAGCACAUUUCCACCCUGCCCCCAAGGCUGGCACGACACUCUUCAAGUCCGAGCUGCUCGGCAGCGCAUGGACCGGCUUCCUCGCCGGCUGUCUGCACACGCUCUCCGGCCCGGACCACCUCGCCGCGCUGGCUCCGCUCUCCAUCGGGCGGUCCAGAGUGGAGAGCGCCUUCGUGGGCGCGCUCUGGGGCUGCGGCCACGACGCAGGCCAGGUGAUCUUCGGCCUUCUGUUCCUCAGCCUCAAGGACCGCCUCCACAUCGAGGUCAUCCGCACGUGGAGCACCAGGGUCGUCGCCCUCACGCUGCUCAUCAUCGGCGCGCUCGGGAUCCGGGAGGCCACCGAGGUGCCCACGCCGUGCGUCGCGCUGGAGAACGGCGAGUGCGACGUCAGCAUGAUGGAUCACCACCACCAUCACCCUGUAGAGGCGCUGCCGAGCGGCAAGAAGAAGAUCAACUUCGCAACGUUCGCCACCGGGAUCGUCCACGGCCUGCAGCCGGACGCGCUCAUGAUGGUACUGCCGGCACUGGCUCUCCCUUCGCGCUUGGCCGGUGCCGCUUUUCUUGGCAUGUUUCUUGUCGGAACGGUGGUCUCCAUGGGCAGCUACACCGUCCUGAUCGGCUCGUGCACGGAGGCAUUGAAGGAGAGGGUUCCUAGGAUCACGGAGAAGUUGACAUGGGCUGCUUCGCUUGUGGCGAUAUCAAUGGGGCUUGCCAUCCUCAUCAGUCAGUCCUUCGGUUUCACCUUGUACUGAUUUACCUUCACUUGCAACAAUGUCCUCUUCUUACUCCCUUUGUUUCAACCUCCCGGAGAUUUGCUGUUAUAGUAGGAAACUGCUAUGAGAAUUUUCCCUGUCAUGUGAGAUAA